AUGGAGGCGGAGGUCGAUAAGCUGGAACCGAUGUUCCAGAAAGCUGAUUCUGAUCUGGAUUACCUUCAAUAUAGGCUGGAAUAUGAAGUCAAGACUAAUCACCCACAUUCAGCAGGAGAGAGAAAUGCAGUUACAGUUUUAAAGGAAUUAUCAGCAAGAAGGUCUCGCUAUCAAGCUUUAUGUGCACGCUUUAAGGCAGUUUCUGUUGAGCAAAAAGAGACCAAGAGCUGCAUCUGUGCUACUUUGAACAAGACAAUGACCAUGAUACAAGAACUACAAAAGCAAACAAACCUGGAGCUAACUCUACUGACUGAAGAAGAGAAAGCUGCAACAGAGCCAUUAAAGUCUCACAUGCCAGACUGA